AAGAUGAUUCGGCGUCCUUAUCUCUGAUUAUUGUUCAAAGCUUGCGAGAAAGAGCAAAAGAGCUAGCGAGCGAGAGAGAGAGAGAGAGAGAGAAAGAGAGAGAGCGAGAAGUCAAUCAACCGCGCGUGCGAGGCGAGAGAGAGACAUCGGCUUCGAAAUUUACAGACAAAAAAUCCUCGCGGCUUACACGCAGCAGUACAUCUCGUCUUAUCGCGGAUACUUUGUAUGCACACAGCGGUCUGCUACUGCCUCGACUGUGCCGCUGCAGUUGCUUUGGUUGAAUUGCAAAAUGCAGAACACCGAGUUGCGAGCGUCGUUGUCCGGUACUAGUAGCGGCAAUAACAGUGAUAAUUAUCGUGCCAAAAAAAGUGAACAGAGUGAUAAAGCUGCCGAGCGCAUCAGCAAUGUUUUGAUUUUUUACGUCAACGGCAAAUUGAUAAAAGACUCCUGCAUCGAACCAGAAUGGACGCUUAUAUAUUAUCUGCGACAAAAACUCGGCUUGACCGGUACGAAACUUGGAUGCUCGGAAGGCAACUGCGGAGCUUGCACUGUUAUGAUAUCUCGAUACGAUACAAAGAAACAGGAAAUAAUUCAUUUAGCGGCAAAUGCGUGUCUCACGCCCGUCUGCGCGAUGCACGGUAUGGCUGUGACAACGGUCGAGGGCAUCGGUAGUACGAGAAAAAAACUUCAUCCUGUGCAAGAACGAUUAGCGAAAGCCCACGGCUCUCAAUGCGGAUUUUGCACUCCGGGUAUUGUCAUGUCGAUGUACGCUUUGUUGAGAAGCAACAUGAAACCAACAAUGAUCGACAUGGAUAUCGCAUUUCAAGGUAACUUAUGCCGGUGCACAGGCUACCGCCCAAUCAUUGAAGGUUUGAAAACUUUCACCCAAGACUGGGAAAACUCUCAAUCUAAUGGCAAAACUAACGACAAUGAAGUUAAAGUUUGCGCUCUUGGUAAUGCGUGCUGUAAAAAAGCUUUCUCUUCGGAACCCACAGAACUUUUUAAUUCCAGUGAAUUCAAACCAUACGACCCAACACAAGAACCCAUUUUUCCACCGGCUCUUCAGAUGUCAUCAGAAUUGGACGAAGAAUAUCUAAUCAUUAAAGGAAAAGAUAUAACAUGGUACCGACCAACCAAUUUAAAACAAUUACUUACUUUGAAAAGUCAAUAUCCUAAUGCUAAGAUCAUCGUUGGGAAUACAGAAGUAGGCGUUGAAGUAAAAGUAAAACACUUCAUGUAUCCAGUGUUGAUUCAUUCUUCUCAAAUAAAAGAAUUAUCUAUUAUAGAAGAAACAAAUGAUGCACUAAGAAUUGGAGCUAGCGUUACUUUAAGAGAAAUGGAGUGCGCUCUUAAAGAACAAAUCAACUCAAAACAUGAGUCAACAACAAGAAUAUUUAAAAGCAUAGUCACAAUGUUACAUUGGUUUGCUGGUAAACAAAUUCGAAACGUUGCUGCUGUAGGAGGUAAUAUCAUGACCGGGAGUCCUAUAUCAGAUUUAAAUCCAAUUUUUUUGGCGGCUGGUAUAACUUUGCAUCUUUGUAGUUUGAAAAGAGGUUUCCGGACAGUAAAAAUGGAUAGCAAAUUUUUCGUGGGUUAUCGUCGUAAUAUCGUGGCUCGCGAUGAGGUCUUGAUUUCUAUUGAAAUACCAUUUAGUAAUUCGGAUCAAUAUUUUGUAGCUUAUAAACAAUCUAAACGACGUGAUGAUGACAUUACAAUUGUUAAUAUGGCGAUGAAUAUAUUUUUUGAAAGUAAUACAAAUACUGUCAAAGCUGCCUACUUGACUUUCGGUGGUAUGGCACCGAUAACUAUGUUAGCCAAGGAAACUUCUAAAACGUUACUCGGAAAGCAAUGGACUUCAGAUAUCAUUGAAGAAACGAUAAAUACACUUUCUCAAGAAUUACCUCUACCUGGAGAUGCCCCUGGGGGAAUGAUUCUGUAUCGUCGUUCUUUAACAUUAAGCUUGUUUUUCAAAGGGUUUAUUCACAUUUCAAAACAGCUAUUGAAAAAUAAUGUGCCAAAUGUUAUUCCAAUAUCAAAGCAGUACGAAUCUGCUGCUGAAGGAUUUCAUUACACACCGCCAAAAAGUUCUCAGUAUUAUCAAGUGGUUCCAAAUAACCAACCGGCUGGUGAUCUUAUCGGAAGACCUUUAAUACAUGCUAGUUCAUUAAAGCAAGCUACAGGAGAAGCUAUAUAUUGCGAUGAUAUUCCUAGAAUAGUUGGAGAACUUUAUUUGUCUCUUGUAUUAUCUACAAGUGCUCAUGCUAAAAUUAAAGAAAUUGACAAUUCAAAAGCCUUAGCCCUUGAGGGUGUUGUAGCCUACUUCGAUGCCAAGGAUUUACCCGAUGAUCGUCGUUUUAUGGGACCGAUAUUUAAGGAUGAAGAAGUUUUUGCAUCUGAAAAAGUGUUCUGUCAUGGUCAAGUUAUCGCGGCUAUAGUAGCAAUAAAUCAAUCGAUUGCUCAAAAAGCUGCAAGACUAGUUCGGGUCACUUACGAAGAGCUAAAACCAGUGCUGUUAACGAUUGAAGAAGCUAUCGAGGCAAAUUCGUAUUUGGGAGAAACGAGAAUACUUUCUAAAGGUGAUGUUGAUAAAGUUUUUCAAGAAGUAGAUCAUGUUUUAGAAGGAGAAAUAAGAAUAGGGGGUCAAGAACAUUUUUACUUGGAGACUCAAUGUACUUUUGCGGUUCCGAAAGAAGAAAAUGAAAUAGAAGUUUUCGCAUCUACUCAAGAUCCUACAGGGAUGCAAGCUAACAUCGCACACGUCUUGGGAGUAUCUCACAAUCAAGUGUCGGUUAGAGUGAAACGAUUGGGUGGAGGGUUUGGUGGAAAGGAAUCAAGAGGUUUAUUGGUUACUUUGCCAGUUGCGUUCGCCGCUCAAAGUCUGCAAAAGCCAGUUAGAUGUAUGCUUGAUCGAGACGAAGAUAUGAUGAUGACCGGUACAAGACACCCUUACCUUUUUAAAUAUAAAGUAGGUUUCACAAGCGAGGGUAAAUUAAUGGCUUUAGAGUCACAUAUUUACGCUAACGCAGGAUCUACAUGGGAUUUAACUUCUGCCGCUGUAGCUCGAACAAUGACGCAUAUUGAAAAUGCGUAUAAAAUUCCAGCCAUCAGAGUAUUCGGUCACUUAUGUAAAACAAAUUUACCAUCAAAUACAGCGUUUAGAGGAUUUGGAGGUCCUCAAGCUAUGUUUGCAGCAGAAACUGUGAUGCGACAUGUUGCUGAUUAUCUUGAAAAGGAUGUAAUACAGUUAACUGAACUUAAUUUGUAUCAAGAAGGCGAUAUCACUCAUUAUAACCAAAAAUUAGUCAAUUGCACUAUGAAACGAUGUUGGGAUGAGUGCUUGGCCUUUUCAAACUACAAAGAAAGAUUAGAAGAAAUAAAAAAAUAUAACAAAGAAAACAGAUACAAAAAACGUGGUCUAUCUGUUAUUCCAACCAAAUUUGGAAUAGCCUUUGAAACAUUAUUCCUUAAUCAAGGCGGUGCCCUCGUUCACAUUUAUAAAGAUGGUUCUGUUCUACUUACUCAUGGAGGUAUUGAGAUGGGCCAAGGUGUACAUACAAAAAUGAUUCAAGUCGCAAGCAGAGUACUGAAAGUCGAUCCGAAGAAAAUUCACAUUUCUGAAACGUCGACCGAUAAAGUUCCAAAUACUACAGCCACAGCUGCUAGCACAGGAUCUGAUUUGAAUGGAAUGGCUAUAAUGAAUGCCUGCAAUGAAUUGAUGAGUCGAAUGAAACACAUUAUCGAUGCCAAUCCAAACAGCACAUGGGAAGAUUGGGUAAUCAAGGCAUACUUCGAACGGAUCAGCCUUUCGGCGACUGGAUUUUACAAAACACCCGAUCUAGGAUAUGAUAUGGAAUCUAAUUCUGGGACUCUUUUCGAUUACUUCACAUAUGGGGCUGCAUGCAGCGAAGUGCAAAUAGAUUGUUUGACUGGCGAUCACCAGAUUUUACGAACAGAUAUUGUGAUGGAUCUUGGGGAAAGUCUGAAUCCUGCCAUCGACAUUGGUCAGGUAGAAGGAGGUUUUAUUCAGGGUUAUGGAUUACUAACCAUGGAAGAAAUGAUCUACUCACCAACUGGAGUUGUAUAUAGUCGUGGACCAGGCGUGUACAAAAUACCAGGCUUUGCCGACAUACCCCAAGAAUUCAAUGUUUCUUUGCUGAAAGGCGUUUCCAAUCCCAGAGCCGUUUAUUCUUCCAAGGCUGUUGGCGAGCCUCCGCUAUUUUUAGCUUCAUCGGUGUUUUUUGCAAUAAAAGAAGCUAUUAAAUCCGCCAGAGGCGAUAUGAAUUUACACCGGUAUUUCAGGUUCGAUGCUCCGGCGACAGCCGCUCGAAUACGUAUGGCUUGCGUAGAUGAUUUUACGAAAAAAAUUGGAGAUGGCGAUGGCAAAAGACCAUGGAAUAUAACUCCAUAGUUGUGAGAGUUUCAUUAAUCCAAAUGAUUGUAAAUAUAAAAUCACAUUUACCCGUAAGUGCCUACAAUAUUUUAGCUUCAUAACAUUUAUGCAAUUUAUAUGUUUUCCAAUGAAUAAUGUUACAGUAUCUUCAAGAUCAUAUCAAAAUAAAUAUUUAAUCUAUGAUUAUCAAUAAAAUAUUGCAAUAAAUUUUUGAAAAUCAAA